AAAAAUCAUUAUUAGUUGUUUAUUUAUAUUUAUAAAUAUUUUUUACUUAUUUUUUUUCUGGGUUUCUUUUGAUGUGGUCAUGGCGGGUUUAGAUUUAGGAACAGCAUCUCGUUAUGUUCAUCAACUUCACCGGCCGGAAUUACACUUACAGAGACAAGAAGAUUCCGAUGAUGAAAACAACAGAGAUCAAUUUUCCGGUGAUCGUGACGAUACAACUCAUCAAGGACUAGAGCUUAUAUCAGCUAACUCCGGUCCAGGAGAUAUCGUAGCUCGUCGACCAAGAGGUCGACCACCCGGUUCAAAAAACAAACCAAAACCGCCGGUAAUUAUAACCAGAGAAAGUGCAAAUACUCUUCGAGCUCAUAUCUUAGAAGUCGGAAACGGUUGUGAUGUUUUCGAUUGUGUAGCUACUUAUGCCAGACGCCGGCAGCGUGGGAUCUGUAUACUAAGUGGAAGUGGUACUGUUACUAAUGUAAGUUUAAGGCAACCGGCGGCAGCAGGUGCGAUCGUGACGUUACAUGGGAGGUUUGAGAUUUUGUCGUUAUCGGGUUCGUUUUUGCCACCACCGGCACCACCGGGUGCAACUAGUUUGACGAUAUUUUUGGCCGGCGGGCAAGGUCAGGUUGUCGGAGGAAGUGUUGUGGGUGCUUUAAUUGCUGCUGGACCGGUUAUUGUAAUAGCUGCUUCGUUUACAAACGUGGCUUAUGAACGGUUGCCGUUAGAAGAAGAAGAGGCGCUUCAGAUGCAACCACCGGUUUCGCAAUCUUCUGGUGGCGGUGCUGGAGGCGGUGGUGGUGGUGGUAUGAUCAAUCCGUUUCCGGAUCCAUCUUCGGGUUUACCAUUUUUCAAUUUGCCGCUUAAUAUGGGGAAUUUACCGGUUGACGGUUGGGCAGGUAACACAGGUGGAAGGGCUCAGUACUGAAGAACUGAUUUUGAAAACCGGAAGUUUCUGUAAUCCAAAGAAUGAAAUGGAAGAAUGCUGAGAGAAAGGUCAGACCAAA